UAGUUAUUUGGUUUGCAACUCGACUUUAUAUAUGAUAAACAGGUUAAUUUGUUUAAAUUCCUGCCUGUCGCUCAGUGCGUGAUUGCUGCUCCAGAUCCAAAGUCGUCCAAGUCAUGUUGCGUAACAGGCUGAUAGAUGGAGUCAGGCGAAUAAAACCCAUUCUAAGCGGGGGGCAACCCCUGCGAUCCCUUAGCAAUGGGGCGACCUCAAAGCUGACCACCAUAGAGGUGGAUGAUAGGAGUGGGAUCGCCACUCUGUCAAUGAACCUGUCGCCGGUGAACACGCUGACCAUGGAGCUGAUGCACGACCUCAUCGAUUCCAUCAAUCAGAUCGAGAGCAACAAGAGCCGCGGUCUCAUCCUGACUUCAAGCAAUGACAAGGUCUUCUCCGCUGGCCUCGACCUCAACGAGCUGCUGAACCCGGAAGUGGAGCGAUUGCGAUUAUUCUGGACCCGGUUCCAGGAUUUGUGGCUGGCCCUCCAUCUUUGUGGCCUUCCAACAGCAGCGGCAAUCAAUGGACACUCUCCUGCCGCUGGCUGUGUCCUAGCCACCGCCUGUGAGUAUCGCGUCAUGUUGCCCAAUCUCUUCAUCGGUAUACAUGCCACCCGGUUCAGCUUCGUCAUCUCGAAGUGGAUGAUGAACUCGUACCAGAGCGUCUUACCCCGCAGAAUUGUCGAGCGGGCGCUGAAUCAAGGUAAGCUCUUCGCCACCCAGGAGGCUCUGGAUGUGGGUCUCGUGGACGAGAUUGCGUGUAGCAAAGAGGAAGCGCUCUCCAAGUGCGCAGCCUUCAUAGGCACCUUUGACAAGGCCAAUCCCGUGGCCAGGUGCCUAACCAAGCGAAUGUGUCGGGAGCCGGAUGUGCGGGAGCUGCUCCAGGAUCGAGCUGCGGAUCUGAAGGAGUGCGUCGACUAUGUCACUACUCCGCUUUUCCAGCAGGGACUCUGCGCACACUUGGAGGGUCUUAAGAAGAGAAAAUAG